UGGUGUGGUGCGCUUUUUGCGAACCUGUCACAAGGAAAAAGGAGCUGGCUUCUACGUGACUGCUUGUGACAGCGUUUUAAUUUGUGUUUGAUUGUUGUGGUCAUUGCACGACGCAAUGUUCAUUAUUAGAGCACAUGGAUGAAAAAAUAUAUAUAUCCCUAAGGGUUUUAUUCUGAAGUCGUAACCGGAAACAUCAUCGGCUAUUUGACAUUACGCCGGUACCGUUUCUCUGCUUUGGCGCACCGAGCGAGUGAAAAAUAACUACAACGAGCUACAAAUAACCACCAGAGUGGCAGGUUGAGUUUGGAAUGUGUAGGAACGAUAGUGACUGACUGGUCCCCAAACAACAGCCUAGAUUUGGGAGGGUGUUUGUGUGUGUGACCCGCUGUGCGUCUAGAAAGGUCUUGAAAAAACGUGGUCUCCCCCUCAGGCACCAGUUUUAGGAGUUAAAAAAGGUGCACAGAAAGGGAGGGAGGACAGGGGAGGCAGUGGGGACUGUGGAGGCUCUAUAGCGAGCUGUCAUGUAGCUUAGGCUCUCUCUCUCUCUCGCUCGCUGGGUGGACGGGGAUUAUCAUUACGCACACGUUUAUCGGAGCGCAGACUUAGUGAUGCAUUCAGUCGGGAGAUGUGCAGCCGGGAGCAGUAAGCACCAACCUGGACACUGAGCGGCAUAAUCAGCAUAGUACCAGGAAAAGGGAAUCCUGCUGGUUUUGGCACAUGAUUUAUGAGCAUCAGUUGAUCUCUACAAUCAGGGUAUUUUAAUUAAUCAAGAUUUGCCAUCCCAUCUUCGUGCAAGAGUAAGCCCGGGGAGCGCACCACUGAACAAAGGAUUUAGGGGAAAACGACAGAGAAUCAGUAACAUAACCAAACACUGACACCCCCAUUUGGACUCCAGCUCGUCACAAGGACGCGGUAUAAAUGCUCAUUCUGUUUCGGAGGACGACGGGAACGGGUUGAAUAACUGGGUUCCUCUGGUUUUCACCCCGGAGGUGGAGGAUUCAUCUGGGCUUAUCUGAUCUCACACAGGUUCAUAUGGAUGGAGAGUGAAUACGCAAAGCCAGCGAGUGGAGCUCAUUCCGAAAUGUGACAUUUUUUUCGAUCUAGUCUCCUGUAAAGCCCGACAGCUGUGCAUCUGCCUUCGUUCUCUAUCGGAUUUGUUUACAUCUUAAGAGAUGGCGUUCCUCCCAGUCCUCCUGCUGCUGCUGCUGACCGUGGCCCAUCGCGCCAGCAGCCAAGACUCUGAGGAAACCUCUGAGACUCUGCCGCGGGGCUGUGGCUGGGGCCUGGUGCGUCCCUACACCCUGCUCUGUGACCUGGACUCCAUAUGGGGUGUGGCUGUUGAGUCAGUGGCUGCUGGCGGGGCGUUGGCUGCUAUCUUGCUGGCCCUAGUCCUGCUGUGCCGUUUACGCCACGUCAGUGAGGCGGAGAAACGUAGCGGUGUGGGACCCAUCCUCCUGCUGCUCCUUGGCAUCCUUGGCCUGUUCAGCCUGAGCUUCGCUUACCUAAUCGAGCAGGAUGAGUCAUUGUGUUUGCUCCGCCGGGCCUUGUGGGGCCUCCUCUUCGCUGUUUGCUUCUCCUGCUUGCUGGUGCAGGGUGUUCGCCUGCGCCGGCUGGGCCGGGAGCGCCGGAGCCCAGGCGGCUGCGCACUCACAGGCCUGGCCCUGGGUCUGAGCGCUGUGCAGGGCAUCAUCGCUGCUGAGUGGCUACUUCUGACCGUGCUGAGAGAGGGACGCGCUGCCUGCCAGUACCUGCCUCUGGACUUUGCGUUAGCCUGCAGCUAUGUGCUAGCUCUCUUGCUAGCUGCGCUCACUGCCGCCUCCCUGGCACUGUGUGGGAAGACACGUCAGUGGCGCUGCAGUGCCAUCUGGCUGCUGGUGACCUGCCUGCUGUCCCUGUUGCUGUGGGUGGCCUGGGUGGGUUUCUAUCUCUACGGCAACGCCUGGCUUGGGAGGUCCCCCGACUGGAAUGACCCGGCCCUGGCAAUCGCGCUGGUGGCCCAGGGUUGGCUCCUGCUGCUCUUCCACGCCAUCCCUGAAGCUCAUAUUUGUCUGAGACCGCCACCUCAGCCCACCGCGCCUGACUACUUCGACACCUCACAGAACUCAACAAGGAUGAGGGAGACCAGCUUUGAUGAGGACAUCCCUCUCUCCCACAGGCAGUUUGUGGAGAACCAGGGCUAUGGAUACAACGACGAGAACACUGCAGGCCUGAGGAGUGGCGGCGGUGGGCACCAUAAUGGAAACACUGGUGCCAGGCCCAGCGCUCCUUUCCGCAGCAAUGUGUACCAGCCCACUGAGAUGACCAUGAUCCUGAACGGGGGAGCGGUGAGUACAUCAUCACAGUCACAGGUGCCCUCCGCCCCUCCAACUUACACAGGGAGGCAGCUGUGGUGAGGGAGAGGACGCAGAAGAAAUGAGAAGAGAAGAAGAGGAGGGAAAGGGUGAGGAGGGGGUCCCGGGACGAGGGGCCAGCCUGGUUGGAAUGGACUCAACAUGGACACCAACAGGGCCCCUUCACUCUGUGUACAGACUGAAGAACUUACACACUGUCUGUGUGUGCCAAUCAACUACGCCAACUAUUGUAUGAGUGUGUGUGGAGACUGAGAAAAAAGCGGGGGGGAGUGUGGAGGACAGAGCUAAAGUCUUGUAAAUCUCUUCUGGCACACCAAAUCACUGUAGGAGGGUUUAUAAACUCCAUUUUUGGCAUCACUGCAAAACGUGGCUGACAAGAAGAAAAACAAACGUAAGCCGACUUGGCUCUGAAAAUACCGACACGCAGUACUCUUUUGUUUGAUUUGACUUUGCUCCCCCGAGACUACGGCACUGUAAGCAUCCUCGAAAAAAAACUGUGAAAUCUAUCGCUUUUAUUUUCGCUCUCCCUCUCUUCCUGUCAGUCGGGACGUCUUUGCUGCUGCUCCUCAAAACGCUGGCACUGAAGAGGAAAAAUUUGGCUCUGUCCUCCCAUCAAUCCACCACACUGUAGGUACAGACAGAGCACACGGGCGAGUGUACAGCUUGAGCAACACCCCGCUCCCUCCAUCCCUCCCCGCACAAGGAUCCAGCCUCUGUGGGUGUGCAUGUGUGUGUUUGUGAGAGAAAGAGUGUAUAUGUAUUCCUUCCAUUUCAACUCCGGACACCAACAAAUCCUCCUUGUGUAGACUUUAUCCCGCCUGCCCUCUGGCUUUGCUGGCUCCUUCUCCCUCUCUUUCCUUGUUUCUGGUUUGCUUUCCUCUACUUCUACUGUGAAUAUAACUUCCUCCUCUCACCUCACUGCAUCCUCCCACCUGCAUGGACACCUCGCAAAAUGCGAAACAAACUGUGAAGCCCCCAGAAAUUGCAGUUGGAAUGAAACUCCAGUGGCCCCAAACACACACACACACUCACACACACACACACACACACACACACACACACAAACAACAACACACACACACAAACACUACAAAUAACCACCUCCAGGCUUGGAGCACCUGAAGAGAUGGAUUAUAAGCUGCUAAUGAACUGCUGUUAGAUAAAACAAUGAGGCAGAGUGGCUUCUGAUUGGACGAGGAGAGAGUCAGUCAGUGGGAGGUACCAGUUUAUGAAUCUAGGUCAGACUGCUGUGCUCUCCCACAUCUCCAGUGGCCGGUGGCGGUUUGAACCAGCCAGGAGAAACUGUCACUUUAUAUCAGAGGGAAAUGGACCGAGGAAAUGGUCCCCUGUACUUAGUUCCUCUUUCUGUGUUUAUGUUUGCGAGUGUUGUGAUUUUAUGUGUGUUGAGAGACGACAGGAUAAUUCAUAGUCGGGGUUGGUUUCUGGUGCUAAAUUCCCCCCGUUUCUCUUCCUUCUGCACAACUUCCAGGCAGGCAAGGUGCAGUAAUAUAGGAACGACGCCGACACCCCUCUUGAUGCAGAUACAGUAGCCGAAACUGUGAGUGACGGACUAUAUUUAGAGCCACGACUGGUGUGUUGCAGAUAUCUUUGAGCGCCAGGGAGAUCAGAUUUACAGUGUGAAGGUAGAAAGAGGGAGAUCAAGUGUGAGCUCACGCGGAGGAUUGGAGGAGGGGAAGGGGAGGAAGCGGGGCGGGAAGGAAGAGCGAGAGGAAAGAGAUAGCGAGAGACGGUCCAGGGGGAGUCUAUGCGACAUUGAAAUCCCUGUGACUUCCCUCCGUCAGCCUCCUGUCUGUGUGAGAAAAUGGCUCCCUCCACUUCGCUGAGUGUCUUAGUGUUCGUUGCUGUGUCUGUCCAUGUAUGUGUGUGUGUGUGUGUGUGUGUGUGUGUGUGUGUUGCAGGGGAGGCAGUGCUGCUCUGUAUGGCUGUCUUUAUCUGGUGAAGUGUCUCUUCCUCCUCCUCCUCCCCCUCCCCCGUCAGUCUUUCUGUGGCGGCUGGGCCAGCUAGCCCAAGUCCCCGUGCCAAGAAGGACUCCUGUUUCACUGGAGUCUCCGUUUCAUCUCCCCCAUUGCUACACCAGCUCUCUCCUCCUGAGAAGCUGUGUACAUAACAGUGCUGUAAAGCUUUGCUUGGUUGUUUACCUUUACUUUUUUUCUUUUUUUUUUUUUUGAUUGUAGAUGAAGUUGAGACACCAGUGUCAUGUAAACAACUGGAUAUCUGACUACUGCAAAAUGUUUUUAUCUGGGGGAGUUUUUAACUGGAUUGCUUUGUGUUCAUGCAUUUGCUUGUCACAUUAUGCUUUUAAUUUCUCUCGCUGGUGUCUGUUUUUUUUAACCAAUAUUUUGGAAAUGUUUUGAAGACACUAGAUAUGCUUUUUUAAAAGUUUUAUUUUAUUUGAUUAACGUAAAAAAUGUCAUUUAAAGGGAUCCACUUUGGUUGUACCUUCUCUUCAGAGAUCUUGCUGAACUCCUGAGCAGUAUUCUCAGCCAAGAUAAUGGUUUACUGUUUGCUGCUGUAACAGCUUCAUGUCAACAAACAUACUACUUUAUUUUUAGUAUUUUUUUUUUUGUUGUUGUUUGUUUGUUUUCAAGAAAUAUGCCAAUGGCUGUGAGUAUGUUUCGCACUUAAUGCAGUAGAUAAUGACUGAUUCUGUGAUAUUAUAGGGUAAUGCUAAAGAGCAGAGCAGGGAGGGCAGAAUAAACACACGUGACCUGGGCAUAGUGGUGACUCCCUGGCCUUUCAGUAACCCGGAGCCAAUGACUGAAAAGACAGGCUUACCAGACCAAGGGUUGGGCCUUGACUACCCGUGCUACUGUAUGUGUAAGUCUUAUCACUGAGGAAACUAAAUUAGGACAGUUAAAAGCCGGCCCGCUCCAGGCCCAAAGAGAGCUUGUCCCACUAUCACAGGCUCUGUUUAGGCCGACCUGGGUCGGAACCAGGCCGGGCCCCAGAUCUGUUGAUUCAUGGCCCAAAAAGAAGAACUGUCCUCAGGGUUUUAUUACGGUCAGCAGCAGUGACACACAACUCUGGAGAUUCGACUCUCAGAGCUGAGAGGGAGAGGUUUCGAUUCUUGUGAUGUUUUCACUCAAUGUGGAGUACAAAAAAAGAACAAUAAUAAGAUGUGACUUCGUAGAUUUUGCACUUGUCGACUACCUAUCUGUGCAUGCUCAUCACCAUUUCUACAUGUAAGACCUUUCUCAGACGUACUGUUGAAUACUAACUCUAUUUAUGUCAAGGUCAUGUGACAGCAAUCAUAAUUUUAAGUGUAUUUCUGAUGACACAAUUAUGUCCGUGCUUUCUUGAACACAAAAAGAGAGCUGGUUCUGGAGAUUCUUGAGAGGCAGAGAUUCAAGUCAGGGGAAACGGUCCAAAAUAUGACACCCCACUCCCAAAAAAAAAAGGUUCAAAAAGGAACCUAAAGGGGUACAUAUGCCAUCAUCACUGGACCUAGUUUUAACUUCCUCUGCUAGUUUGAAAGCUCAAGAGGUGAAAAGAGAAUCCUCCAACUGAUAUUGUCUCUGUGUUUAAAAUCAAAUAGACUGUGGUGAGAUUUGCACAAGAAUUCUAUAUGUUAAGUUUGUUGUUCCUGGGCAGCCUAUUGAACACCCCUCCUUCCUGGGUUUGACAUGUCCUUGCCUGUCCACUCCUGACUUGUCUUGCCUUCAGACUGUUCCACUGAGGGCAGCUGACAGGGGUGAUAUUGGUUUUCACAGCUGUGACUGUGCAGUGACGCAGCAUGCCUAUGUAUAGAACUUGAUUCCCCUGAUUAGAAAAAAAAAACAAAACAAAACAGUUAACUCUUGUUUCUGUAAUUGAUUCAGGAAAAAAAUGUUCAAUAAAAGUGUCAUGUUUGUAGUUAACUUUUAA